AGUUUUUUUUAUAACUGAGAAAAAAAAAUACAAUAUUUUAUUUUUAAUUUUUUGAUACAAGUUGGGAUCCUCCUCCUCUCUCUGCUACGGCGACGGCGGUCGUGCACAGCGGUGGUUGAUCUUCACUCCUCCCUUCACCGCCUCGUCGAAAUCUUUACGAUCUAUAAACUUGUCAAAAAGCAGCAUGAGCGAUGACAUAUUUGACGGACAGAUGUUAGCAGAGAAGUUGUUGAAACUCAACAAUUCACAACAAAGCAUUGAAUCAUUGUCCCGUUGGUGCAUUCCUCACCAGAAGAGAGCAAAGGAUAUCGUUGAAAUAUGGGAUAAAUUGUUCAAUGCAUCCCAGAAAGAGCAGCGUGUCUCUUUUUUAAACUUGGCCAAUGACAUCUUGCAAAAUAGUAGGCGGAAAGGUAGUGAGUUUGUCAAUGAAUUUUGGAAAGUUCUUCCAGCAGCUCUCAGACAUGUUUAUGAAAGUGGUGAUGUACAAGGAAGGAAAGCAGUGAACAGACUUAUUGACAUAUGGGAGGAGAGGAAGGUUUUUGGGUCGCGAAGUCAGGGUCUUAAGGAUGAAGUGAUGAGUAAGAAUCCCCUUCCAUUCUCUGCAAACAAUGGAAAAGGUUCAGAUCCUAUCAAGAUAGUGAAGAGGGAUGCCCACUCAGUGAGAAUAAAAUUGGCUGUUGGGAGUUUGCCAGAAAAAAUACUGACAGCAUUUCACUCUGUUCUUGAUGAACAUCUUAACGAGGAAGCUGCCUUAAAUAAGUGUAAUGCUGGUGUACAUGAUGUGGUUAAGCUCUUGGAAGAUGUUGAAAAUACAUUCGCUCAAGGGAACCAGCUGGGAUCCACUUUGGUGAAUAACUUGCAAGAGCGGGAAAAGGAGCUUAAGCAUUAUAUGGAGCAACUCGAACAUGCCGAGGCUGCCAGGGCUUCUUUGCUUUCUCAGCUUAAAGAUGCACUGCAGGAACAUGAAUCAAAGCAAGAGCAUGUUCGCGCUCAGUUGCUAAUUGUACGAGGCCAGAUUGAGAAAACAGCUGGUAUCAGGAAGUGGCUUAACCAAACAACAGAAGCCACACAUCCAUCAGUUCAACUAAACGGAACCACUUCUCAGCCUACUUGUGCACAACCUUCCAUGUCAUUUUCUCCUUUCCAAACUUCUGAGGAAGAUAAUAAGAAGGCAGCGGCAGCUGUUGCUGCAAAGCUCGCUGGCUCUUCAUCGUCUGCCCAGAUGCUUGCAUCUGUUCUUUCUUCUCUAGCGGCUGAAGAAGCUGCCUCCAAGGGAUUUUCAUCAGGAUUACCUAUUUUCAACCCAGAAAAAAGACAGAAAAUUGAAAAAUCGUCACCUGUUUCUGAUGUUAAUAGUUCUGAUAUGGCGAGCUCUUCCUUUUUCACCACUAUACAGCAACCAUCGUUAACAAAUCCACAGGUUGCACCGUCAAACAACAUGCAAAUCAUGUCUCAAGCUAAUCAAUUACAAGCUGCAUUUGCUUCAGCACCCCUUCCCCCUCAGUAUGUCCAAUCAACUGGUUUCAUGGAUGGAGGAAUUCCUUACGGAUACGUAUCAAAUAAUCUACCACCUCCACCUCCACCUCCUUUUCCUCCACAUGCUGUAACAGGGUUAUCAAUGCCUAGCACUCAACCAGCGCAGCAGCAACAGCAGUCAUCACCAGGAGGAUUUUACAGGCCACCUGGCAUUGGAUUUUAUGGGCAGUGAGCUCUGUUCAAAGACAAUCAGUCAACAUUGCGGCAAAAUCUUUGUAGCUUGUUCCUCUUGGAAAUUGCUGUAGGCUGAGGAUUUUCUCUGAUGUUGUAUAAUGAUGUACAUUAUUAGAUAUAUAAAUUUGGAUAGGGUUCAUUUGUAUCCUUAAACACCCCUCCUUCCCCUUUUUUUGCCUAUUGUCUAAAUGCUGGGUAGCAGGCUGGCUUUUGACAUCAUAGAGGUACUUGAGAUCUUCAUCAGUGUUGACCACUGUUUGAAAAAAAGUACCUAUCAGGGCCUUUACAAUUUUUUCUGAAACAUCACAGUGUACUUAUUAGGGUGUAUAUGAACUCGUUUCCAUGAAGCUGCCUAUGAGGAAAACCAUUAGCAGCUAAUGUUAUUCACCUCUAGAUGACACCAUGCUCAAAGUUAUGCUUUCCUCCAGUCCUGAGGUUGGCUGUAUAUGUGUAGAGUGGUAUCAAUUGCCAGAGGAAAAUAGGAUGUUGGUAUUUUUGUUGCUGGCUAGUGUCUGUAUGGUGUAUUAAAAAGUAUUUAUUCAUGCAAUGGUUUCAAGAGAAAUUGUUGAGGUUUGUUUAAAGUAGAAAAGAACCUUAACUCUUAGACAGAAGACAUUAUCUUACCUUUGAAAUAAGUGUUCAUGUUUUGGACCAUGAACAUGCCUGGAGUGAUUGUUUAUCUCUUGAACUUAUAUGAACGAUUUUUUGUGAUUGGAUGAAAACUUAUUGAUGUCUUGCAAAA